UUUGUGGCGUAUUUACAGUCGGGAACCAUUUUUGUUUAUGUGCUAUUUUGCUACCCCCUCGUGCCUCUCGUCAACUACACGGAAGGGUGCGGAUUCGGGUGAAAUUUCGACAUUCCCUCCUCGGUUUCAGUUGCGCGGAGUAGUUCGUCCAGAGGUUUUGGAGACAUCAGUCCAACUCCUGGGACAUAAUGAGCGAAUCUGCGGCAUUGGAAACGACUGAGAACGGCUCAUGCAGCCCGGUAAUGUCGGAGCAUCUGGUGAUCGAAAAGCCGGUAUCGGUGUCGGAAAUCGGGUCUUUAUCGCCUACUGCUAGUUCAGUAUCAACCGCACGCAGUAGCCCUCCAUCAUGUCCAUUGGUUCAAAUUUCCAGACCACCCGAGCAAGAACCUACCGGUGAAGAUGCCUAUCCUGAGUCAGCUGACAAUUCCAGCAACAGCUCCCUCAGUGAAGAUGCUGACACACCCAUCAAGAAGGCAAGUAAAUCCGAUGACGGAGGAGUGGAGAGUACGGGAGAGAGAGAAUGGACGCCCCCUGAUGAAGCCCUACAGGCCAAGAUCAUCAAACAGGUAGAGUUUUAUUUCUCCGAUGCCAAUAUCACCAAAGAUGCAUUCUUGUUAAAGCACGUCCGGCGAAAUAAAGAGGGCUAUGUCAGUCUUAAACUUAUCACAUCGUUUAAGAAGGUCAAGAGCCUGACUAAGGAUUGGAGAACUGUGCGGCAUAGCCUUCAGAGCUCAACAACCUUGGAGGUUAAUGAUGAGGGAACCAAAGUGAAACGGAAGGCCCCUCUACCAGACUACGAUGAGACCACUCCAUCAAGAACAGUCGUGGUGGUUAAUCUACCCACAGAAAACCCAUCUAUUGAAAGCAUUGCUGAGCUGUUCAAGCAUUGCGGUGACAUUUCUUUGGUGAGAAUCCUACGCCCUGGGAAAGCUUUCCCACAGGAUGUCCGUAAGCACAUAGAGAGGCACAGUGAAGUCCGUAAUAAAGUCUGCGCUCUGGUGGAGUUUGAAACUGGACAGGCCGCCCUGAAGGCUGCCAAGCAAAUGAGCGAUAAGGACAACUGGCGCACUGGGAUGGUCGUGACAGUACUAUCAAAGGAGAAGAGAAAAGAGAAAAUCAAAGAUAAAGAGUCUCACCAACAAAGCAAUAAUCGCAGGAGUACUGAGGGACUCUCUCCGUCACAAGGUGGCGACCUGACAGGCUCUGACGGUGGCGAAGGUGGAGACUCAGCCAAGAAAAAGAAACGUCAACGGAAAAAGAAGAAUGCCAGGAUUGAUGAACUGGCUGCAGACCGUGUAGAGAUCCCAGGUACACCCAGCUCCUCCGAUGUAGAGAAUUCCCCUUUACCAAGCCGCAGGCACAUCAGCAAGCCCGUCAUUGUCCCCCAAGGUAAGAGCCCGGUCCAUCUUAGCCCGAGCAACACACCAAAAGGAAGUCCCAACCCAAGUCCUCAUGGUAGCCCUCGACAACAGAGGAAAGUCGGCCGAUCGCCACUCGCUAAUUCUCGUAAUAGCCCAAGGAAUAGCCCAAGAGCUAGCCCAGAGUUGGGUCGCAAGAUGUAUGAUAGUUUCUCGGAUCACAGUAAUACAUCGAGUCCUUGGGUGCAGCGUCGUAAACUUCUUGCGGCAUCAUCUGAGGCAAGUCCAGUGGGUAGCCCCUUAAUGGCUCGAAGGAGCUUAACCCACGCUAAUGAGCUAGAGUCGUUAGUGAGAUUGCCUGCAGGUCCAGACGGUACCAAAGGAUUCUCUGUAGGUAGAGGGCGUGGUAUCCCUAGGAACUGAUCCCAACAAAUAAAAUUACCAUUCUCUGUUUAGAUAAUCAGUGAUUUUAGAUGGAAUGUUUUCAGUAUACAAUUGUUGCACGCUGUGACGGGGUCCAUGGCGUUUUGUACACCCGAUGGGGAAAAUGGCACCCGUGUA